AUGAUCAAGACUGGACCACAUACUGACGCACUUGCUGCAUGUGAUCUUGCUCUUUGUGUUUCUGGUUCCGUGGUGCUUGAGGUGCUUCGCUCGCAAUUACCCCUGGUUGUGACGUAUAAGGCCCACUGGAUUACUCAAUUCAUUGUCAAGAAAUGGACUUCUAUUCAGUUUGCUUCAUUGCCGAAUAUUCUCCUUAACAAGCCUUCACUUCCUGAGGUCCUAUUUUCUGAGUGUACCUCACACAGGCUGUCAUCUGUUAUCAGGGGUUUGAUGGAAAACUUUGACAACUGCAAGGCUGACCAGCGCGCUACUGCUCAUCUGCUCUUCAAUGCUUUGCAAGAGCCCCUGAACAGCACUCAUGCACAUGCUCCUGAAUGCAGGGAAGCACACACUCCCAGCAACAUUGCAGCAGAAGUACUUAUUGAUCAGUUCCAAUACGGUUCCAAUACGUAA